GUUUGGGCCCUGGCGUCUGCGGCCACCAGCCAGGACCUGAGUCCGGACUCGGACCCGGACACGGAGACACCGUGGGCCAGACACCCAUUCGGGCGCCACCUGCUGGAGACUCUUCUGGAUCACUACAGCCACAUGAGUGACGUCCAGACUCUGGCCAUGCUGUGCAGUGUGUUCAGAGCUCAGCCCCCCGCAGACAUUUACUCUCUGUACGGACAUCACCUCUCUCGAUCCUCCGUCUUCCCCCCUCACCACUCUCGAUAUCCCAGCAUCACGUCCAGCACCUCCGACUCCGUCGCUGCGGGCACCUGGAGCUCAGGUAGAGACUGUGAGCAGGUCAACCCGUGGGCCGAGUCCUCUCCGGACGACCACCGCUGUGGCCCCCAGGGGCCGAGCGACCCCCGGGAACGAGAGCGAGAGCAGCACGACAUGAACAAGAGACUGCUGGACCCGACCAACACGCUGCAGUUCGACGACUUCAAGAAGAGUUACGGAGAAAUCCUUCACCGCUGGGGUCUGAGGGAGAAGAGAGCCGACGUCCUCAAGUUCGCCUCCUGCCCUCCUGAACCCCACAAAGGCAUCGAAUUCGGUGUGUACUGCUGUCACUGCCGCAGUCAGGCUCGUGGGACUCAGUGCGCUGUCUGUAAACGCCUCACCUUCCAGUGCGCCAUCUGCCACGUCGCCGUCCGCGGAUCCUCAAACUUCUGCCUGAGCUGCGGACAUGGAGGACACACGAGUCACAUGAUGGACUGGUUCAGGCGGCAGGACGAAUGUCCGGCCGGCUGCGGCUGCCACUGCCUGCUGCAGAGCACCUUCUGACUGCUCAGGAACAGAAACAAACACACCUGCAGAGAGGGGUAUCUGAUGUAGCGUCUACUAAUUUAAAUAAUGAUUCACUGACAGAUUAACAUAAAAUCAUAACACAGAAUAUAGAUGUGUGAAAUGGGUUGGUUUUAUUCUGGCAUAUUUAGAAAAAGUAACUCAUAAGAACAAAGAGCAAACAUUGUUAAAUAAAUACUUCCAGUGGACUGAGGAGGAAGGGUGAUCCUUUAUGUUAUUAUAAAAUGUGUUUAUUUGGCAUAUAAUACUAUAAUAACUGAUAUUAAUACAUUAAUAAUUAUACAUAAGCACUGGAUGGAAAUCAACGGCAAAAAUAGGUAAUUAAUAAAGAAAUCAUUUCAAGCAGACUUCCACAUGUCUUGGUACUUCCUGUUUAAAUGUAAUUGCUAUUACUUUGCAUAGCCUCGCCAGCUUUAUCAAACUUUACUGACAAAAUAAACAGUUGCUAAGCUUUUAAA